AUGGACAACCAAUUUGGAUUCGACGACGAUCCUCACAACCCUCCAACCUCCAUACUCUUCGGCCCUGACUUCUUGUCAUCCAAGCUCUACCACCUCUCUCCCCCAGAGGAUUUGACGCUCGCAAAGAUGCUAGUGAGGCCGGAGCGGCUGUACGGCGCAGAAGUAGCGGAAGAGAUGGCGUUGACGGAGGAGAAAUACGGGUCGGUUCGUAGGGUUUUUGUUGUGUGCGAGGAGGACAAGGUGCUGAAAGAGGACUUUCAGAGAUGGAUGAUUCAGAAAAAUCCACCGGAGGAGGUGGAGGAUAUCUCCGGCUCCGAUCACAUGGUCAUGCUCUCCAACCCAGCCCACCUUUGCUCCAGCCUGCUUGGAAUUGCUGAACGAUUUUAUUGA